UGCGUAUAUACAAGACAGCAGGUCAAUACUACUUGGAAUCCGUACGGCCCGUUCGCAGGUCGAGAAACCGCCGCGAUGGCAGAUCCAGGAAGACUGGCACAGUUUCCAUGUGAAAUUCAGCUCCGUAUCGCGACUCUUCUCGACGUUGAUGGCUUGAAAAGCCUACGCCUCGUUCAUAGCUUCUACACACCUGCAGCCUCUUCUGUCCUCUUCCAAACCAUCCAUUUCAGCGCAAACACGUUGAGCUUUGAACGUGCAGUGCACGUCGCUGAAUCUCCCCACUUGGCGGACCAUGUUCGUCAAUUUGUGUAUCACGUUGGCAGACUCGCACGUGGGUACAAGAGAAGUCACUUUUCCCGCGGUUCUUUCGAAUACCCGAUUUGCCGUGUUGCCGCCGAUAGCUCGUUUGAUCCGACGGAUGCGGCGAUGGUGGAUCAAAUGUAUUAUCGCUACCUCGUCGAGCUCAACGCCGAAGACGAAUUUGAAUUUCUGAGGGAAAAAGAGGUACUGGAGGCCUUGACGAGCUGUUUCAAAAAUCUCGUAUCCAUCGCCGCGGUCCAAGAUACACGCGAUAGCCCUGAACCCGGAGAGCCCAAAGGCCACAUCGAACGCCGCACCUACGUCCCCACUGAUACCUAUCCCCUGUGCAGAAAUCCCCUCACAUCACUACUAGAGGCCACCACAAAUUCACGUAUCGUCGCGCUACAUGCCGGGUUCUUGGAUUGGAUGGCGUUCAUGGACAUCGACCAGGUCCCGGGCACCCCUGAACAGCUCGGACGCCUGCGUGUGCUGCACCUGCAGCUGUUCAUCGAGGAUUACGGCAAAUUUAACCAAGAGAAAGAUCAGUCGGAGAGCUUUAGGAAGUUUCUUGCAAAUUGCACCGGCAUUGAAACCUUGAUUCUGUGUUUGCCCGACAUGUCGUUCCAUCGUGACGACAAAUACCUCGAGUGCAUGACGCGGAGCAGCCUCUAUGCUUCACACUUCCCGCGCCUACUCAGCGUCCAUCUGACCGGGCUGAUCACGUAUGAAGAUAUACUUGUGGGGUUUCUCGAAUCCCACGCCGACACGCUCAUAGAUCUGACUCUCGAGAACGUCCACAUUGCGCGAAGGCUUGACUGCGACUCCCCGUACUUCUGGCCUACGUGGAUGCCGGAAGGAGCUCCUGACUAUUCCUGCCGACACGGUUCGGUCCUGUCACUGUUCCACAGAAUUCACAACGCAUGUCACCUCAAGACAGCCAGCAUCGGCGGCGUCUUUACGAAUGUCUUCGAUGAAGCGUGGGUGGUGGCGGACAACAAAAUUGCUGCUGCUACUCCAGAAAAGGGUUUUGCGCCAGACGUCGAACGAUUCCUGUGUAGAAAGGGACCCUGGCCUUUCCUACCGCUGGACUCGUAUCUCGAGAUGCAAAGAAAGUACAUGGUAGAAAAUGGACCCUGGCGCGAAGGAUCCGGCGAUCACCCAGAUCCUCCUGCUAUGCGCCACUGUAGUGAUGACAGUUGGCGUUUCGACCGAGGCUACCUGGCGUACCAUUGUGUACCAGAACCGCGGCAAGACCCAGCCUUAACCCAAUGGUGGUGAAAUGUACGAUGGAAACGUCGGCGACAAGAUCAAGGCAUGCGACGCAAUAACUACAACACGAAGAAGAUUAUGACUUUACGAC